AGGGGGUACAAAUAACUUGUCUCAGUUUAAUUGAACCGGGGUCGAGUGUUUUCUUUUGAGGAAUCUACCACUUUUUCUCCCUCUUUUGGCCGGAAAAUGCCACGGGGAAAGCUCGAAGUGCUUCUGGUCGGCGCCAAGGGUCUGGAAAGCACCGAUUUUCUCUUUAAUAUGGAUCCCUAUGUCAUUCUCACUUGUCGGACUCAAGAGCAAAAAAGCAGCGUUGCAUCAGGACAUGGGUGUGAGCCGGAAUGGAAUGAGACCUUUUUGUUCACCCUAUCAGAUGGCACUUCAGAACUUUCGAUCAAAAUUAUGGACAGUGAUAGUGGUUCAGAAGAUGAUUUUGUAGGCAAGGCAAUAAUUCCACUUGAGCCAGUGUUUACAGAAGGAAGCAUCCCUACAACAUCAUACAAUGUGGUUAAAAGUGAAGAAUAUUGUGGCGAAAUUAGAGUCGGGCUCAAUUUCAUCCCUGAGGAGUUGACUACGGAAGAGGAAAACCAUGGUGGAUGGAAGGAGUCUUCAUAUUGAGGAAUCUCCUAGCAUCCAUGAAUCACCAUAUUGUUUUCCAGAACUUGAAGCAAUUGAUCUGUUUGGUUGAUGAGAUUUUUUCCUCUUUAUUUCGAGUACUUGCAUGUUUGUGUAGUUUCAAUUUGACGCCAAUGUAUCAUUUUCCUUUCCUUUGCAUGUACUUGUGAAUUUGUGAUAAAGAUGCUUGGGUGUUGUGUUCUCAGAUUGCCAUCUUUUUAAUAUAUGCUAAAGCUCUAAACUUGGGUUUUUGUGCUCUCA